CCGGGGGCGGGGCGGGGCGCCAGCCAUGGACAAUCAGUGCACUGUCCAGGUCAAGUUAGAGCUGGGACACCGUGCCCAACUGCGCAAGAAGCCCACAACGGAGGGGUUCACCCACGAUUGGAUGGUGUUUGUCCGUGGCCCCGAGCAAUGUGAAAUCCAGCACUUCGUGGAGAAAGUGGUCUUCCGGCUGCAUGACAGCUUCCCCAAGCCCAAGCGCGUGUGCAAGGAGCCCCCUUACAAAGUGGAGGAGUCGGGUUACGCUGGCUUCAUCAUGCCCAUCGAGGUGUACUUCAAAAACAAGGAGGAGCCCAGGAAGGUUUGCUUCACCUAUGACCUGUUCCUGAACCUGGAGGGCAACCCGCCCGUGAACCACCUGCGCUGUGAGAAGCUCACCUUCAACAAUCCCACCAUCGAGUUCCGGUACAAGCUCCUGAUGGCUGGCGGGGUGAUGGUAAUGCCCGAAGGAGCAGAAACGGUGUCCAGGCCCAGCCCCGACUACCCCAUGUUACCCACAAUUCCACUCUCUGCCUUCUCUGACCCCAAGAAGACCAAACCGUCCCACGGCUCCAAGGACGCCAGCAGGGACAGCAGCAAGGCCUGCAAGACCCAUAAGACGGCCAAGGAGCACCGGGAGCGGCCACGGAAGGACUCCGAGGGCAAGGCCCCCUCCAAGGAGCCGGAGCGCGAGCAGGCCAGGAGCACCAAGGACGCCACGCGGAAGCCAGGCGAAGGCCGGCCGCCCAAGGAAGAGAAGGCCCCGCCGGCCAAGGCCGCUUUCAAGGAACCCAAGAUGGCCCUGAAGGAGACCAAACUGGAGAGCAUGUCCCCCAAGGGCGGGCCCCCGCCCCCACCCCCGCCCAAGUCUUCCAGCAAGCGGCCGGCUGCCGCCGACUCACCCAAGCCCAGCGCCAAAAAGCAGAAGAAGAGUAGCUCCAAGGGGUCCAGGAGCGCCCCCAGCACCUCGCCCCGCACCUCGUCUUCCUCCUUCUCGGACAAAAAGCCAGCCAAGGACAAGGGCAGCGGCAAAGGGGAGAAAGUCAAGGCCGAGAGUGAGCCCAGGGAGAUCAAAAAACCCCCGGAGGUGGAGGAGUCCAACUCGGAGGAUGAGGCGUCCUUCAAGACAGAGUCUGCCCAGUCGAGCCCGUCCAACUCCAGCUCCAGCUCCGACUCCAGCUCCGACUCGGAUUUCGAGCCGUCUCAGAACCACAGUCAAGGCCCCCUGCGCUCCAUGGUGGAGGACCUGCAGUCGGAGGAAUCCGACGAAGACGACUCUUCGUCGGGCGAGGAGGCCUCUGGGAAGACCAAUGCUGGGAGGGACUCCAGGUUGAGCUUCAGUGACAGUGAAAGUGACAACAGUGCCGACUCCUGCCUGCCCAGCCGGGAGCCGCCUCCCUCCAAGAAGCCGCCCCCACCCAACAGCAAGGCGUCAGGCCGGAGGAGCCCAGAGUCCUGCAGCAAGCCCGAGAAGAUCCUCAAGAGGGGCACCUACGACAAGGCCUACACGGAUGAGCUGGUGGAGCUGCACCGGAGGCUGAUGGCCCUGAGGGAGCGCAACGUGCUGCAACAGAUCGUGAACCUGAUCGAGGAGACCGGCCACUUCAACGUCACCAACACCACCUUUGACUUUGAUCUCUUCUCCCUGGACGAGACUACCGUGCGUAAGCUGCAGAGCUACCUGGAGGCCGUGGCCACAUGACCCUGGGCCGGGUGCCGGGCCCUCUUCACCGGGGGCCCCGGGAGGCCACGCCCAGGCCCCGCCUUCCUUCUUCUCUCUCGACUCACCCACCCGCAGCACUGCCUUAGUGACCGCCCUGUCCUCGGCCCGCACGGCCAGCUGCACUUUCCUCGUCGGCUCCCGGCCCCCCCUCCCCACCACCGGAUCGGGAGCCCUGAGGCUGAGGGGGGGCAGGCCGGCGCCGCUGCUCCCCAACACUCAGGGGCCGUCACCUGGGCCCCCCUCGGAAAGCAGCUUGUGUUGAAGGCAGCACCAGGCCUCACUUCAGCAGGGGAGGAAACGUGGCCCGCGGUGGGGGCCCCGCUCCGCCGCAGGACACAUGGCAUGGUUUCACUGCCCUGGCCUCUCUGAGCAGCCGGGGCACUGCCUCCAGCCUCCCCCAACGGUUCCCACACACCCACCGUGCCCAGGGCCGCGCCAGGCCGGGUGCAGUCCCCCGCGGGCUCUCACUGUGCUGGGACUCUGUCUGUACAGUUCUCUCUCUAGCGUAUGUGUAUGCACUGUAGGUACCAGAGCGGUUUCCGGGUGUGCGUUUCCGUGGCAGCAGUGCACGUGGGGGGUGGGGGGUGAGUAAGGCGGGACUUUUAGGUUAAGACGUUCCCACUGGUCUUGUCGCGGGGCCGGAGGCCCAGCUGGAGCAUCGCCGGCGCCUCUAAGAGGCGAGGGGAGGACUCGCCCUUCGCGGCUCCAAGGAUGUCUCGUCGUCCCGUGGCCCGGAGGACCCAGCCGAGGGCCGGCGAACACUACGACGGGGCAGCGGGUCCUCGGCACCCAGGGGCCUCCGCGCACUUGGCGCCUGGUCAGACCGGCGGCCGCCUCCAGGAGCAGACCUCCUGGCCUCCACCAGCCACGGGCCAUGUCGUGUGUUGCCCCCCACGGCUCGUCUUCUUCCUCCUUCCAUGGGUCCUCUUCCUCCUCUCUGUCGUUGGAGUCUUCGAACUUUGAAAAAAUGAGCUUUUGCCAAAUAAGACGAGAUAGUUUGUGGAGUUUUUUGAGGAGCGUCAGGACUUAGAGCCAGCCCCUCGAGCCAGGGCCCAGCCGGCAGCAGGCCCUCCCGGGCACCCCUCUCUUGGUUCGGGCCUGGCCGUGCCACCCCUUCAAGUCAACGCCAGUCCAGAGACCUGACUCCUCGCAUGCCUGAGACUCUCCGAGGGCCAAGCUGGCUCCCCACCCUCUCAGCCAGAAUGCCCUCAUGGGGUUAGCCCACCCUGGGUGGGGCUCCUGGGGGCUGGGGUCCUGUUUGCUCAGCCUCUAAUCCCCCAGUGCCCCCGCCCUGACUUGUGUGGGGGGAAAGGACCAGGGCCCCGAGGUGGGCUCACCCUCUCUCCCCAGCCCACCCUCAGAGGGCCUCUCCUCCCCGCCUGUCGGGAGCUCCGAUGCGGGGAGUGCCAAGCUCCCCUUCCCUGUGGUUCCCGACUAGUGUGUCCCCGAUUCCGUCUGUCAGGCAGACCCUAAACACUCCCUGGGGAGACCUGCCUCCAAGGUUUCCCCAAAUUUCAGCCUCCCUGGUGAAAUCCCCAGAACUUGCCGGGAAGGCCCGAGAACUUUCAGAGGAAACCGCCACGACUCCUCGCCAUCUGCUCUGAUUCUCUCCUGACCCCACUGCCUUGAGGUAUUAGGAAGAGGGCGGGCCUGUGUGGCAGGCUCCGUGCCGUCACCGUCCCCUUCCCCAGGCAGGCCAACAAUACUCCAAAGUGGGGCACCUCUCUUCUCUGGAAACUCUAAGACAGUGGACAGAAGGAACUAGCCUGACGUGGGCUAUGUGAAAGGCAGCAGCUGCCCGGCCCUCUGCACAGAGGCUGCUGGGGGCCAUGGCCGGGAGCCUGAGCCCCAGGGCGCCAGCCCUUCCCCUUCCGGAGCAUCUCCUGGGAAGGGCCACAGGCCCUCCCGGGCUCCACACCGGACUCGGGCAGCGUUCUUGUCUGGAGCCGGGCUGUCCCCAGGAAGCAGCUGGAGGAAGGCCAGGCUUCGGCCUGCCCUCAGUAGCAGCAGCGUCUGGCCCCUCCUGCUGUUUCUGGGGCCUUCGGAAGCACCAACCCAUUUCUCAGUUACCUCCUCUGGCCAGAAGGCCCCAGUGCUGUCCCCCAGAGCUGCUCUGGGUCCAGUGCUGGCCCCAUGAUCACCUGAUGGACGUGCCAGGCAACCAGGGCCUUGACCGCAGCCUUCCCGGCUGCCCCCCUCCCCGGCCCACCCCCAGCUGCCCGGCAGCUGGGCCCACGAGGGCUCUGGGGACGCUUCCAUAGGAAGGGGCCGGCACUUUGUGAUUGCCGCGUGUUUAGUGUUAAGUCCCCUGCCCCCAGUGCAGAUCCCUGUGUUUUGCUCUCUCCUGAACAAAAUGUAAACCGACACCUGAAAGCAAAAGGUAUCGAAUACCUUUCUUGCCCAUAAGGGUUUUUACAAAGAAUGUGUCUCACUAGGAACUAGGACACUCAUCAGCCUGAGACCAACUCCUGGAUAAAAGGAAUAAAGGAGAAUCGUGUUUGUAAUAAGUCACAGGAUUGUUUCUGUCCUGAAUUUUAAACUUUUUGUUAAAUUGUGAAAUUAUGGAGGAGUUUUAUAGAAAAAAAAAAGUGAAAUAAAGUCAGAUGGGAAAGCAGACUUACGC